UUUAGAGCGGGCGCUCUGUGCCGUAUUUUUUUUAUAUUUAUGUCUGUAUUUGUUUGGAUCAGCCGUUUUCUUUAAUAUGUCGAGGGGAUUAAUGAAUGACUGCUUUACUUCUAUCGAUAGAGGUCCUGCCUAAAGUUCUGACUCUUGCUUCAAGCUCUACUUUAGGAGAAUGGCCCACACGAUGUGAUCGACGUUGCAUCUCAACCUGGUCGCUUUAUUGAAUGUACCCGGCAUACUUUUUGAUGCGAUGUAUAGUUAACUGGCCCUUAACGCCCGUCAGCUCGUUCCGUUAACUCUCAACCCGUGUUGCUAACCGUCAGUUACCCCAGUUUGUUUUGCACAUUUCUGGAAUUUCCAUAAAAACUACACACACCUGGAAUUGUUUAAGCAAAAAGUAAACAUUUUCGUAAAAAAAUUCGGAUGUUUAUAUGACAUCUUUGAGAGGAUUAGUAUUUGGGAUGAAAAUUUUGAUGCACCUCCAAAGGAAGAAAGAAUGAUAAAGAAUCUCAUGUCCAUAGAUGGAGCUAGACUUGCAAUCCUGCGCUCGACUGCUCAAUACAUUCAACACCCGCCAAUCUCUUCCAAAGGGGAAGCAACUCCAUCUUGUUUUCCUCAAAAGAGGCAUCCUCAACUCUGCUCUCACAAUAGCCAAUCGCCUUCUGCAGAUGUACGCUAAGUGUGGACAAAUAAGCGAUGCAAAAUUACUGUUCGACGAAAUGUCUCAGAGAAAUUGCUUCACUUGGAAUACCAUGAUUGAAGGGUACAUGAAAUGGGGAAAUACAAACAAUUCUCUGUACUUGUUUCGUUCGAUGCCUUCCAAGAAUGAAUUUUCUUGGAAUGUAGUCAUUCUUGGCCUUGUCAAAGCUGAGGAGUUGGGUGUUGCUAGAAGACUUUUGCAUGAAAUGCCACGUAAGAACGAAAUAGUUUGGAAUUCACUUAUUCAUGGGUAUGCUAAAACGGGCUUCCCAGGAGUGGCUUUAUGCUUAUUUAAGGAGUUUAUAGACUGGGAUUUUCUUGAAAUGCGUGGUGCAUCACGUAUAGAUUCGUUUGUUUUGGCAACUGCAUUAGGGGCUUGUGCUGACACGAGAGCUGUCGAUUUAGGGAAGCAAAUUCAUGCUCGUACUAUAGUCGAUGAAGUUGAAGUUGAUUCUGUGCUGGCAAGUUCUUUAGUUAAUAUGUAUGGAAAGGGUGGUGAUUUGGAUAGCGCGAGUUACAUUUUGAACAGAAAGCAGAACCCUGAUAACUUUUCCUUGUCAGCAUUGAUAUCAGCAUAUUCAAACUGUGGUAGAAUGGAUGAUGCUAGAAAGAUCUUCAAUCUUGUAACUGAUCCUUGUAUUGUAUUAUGGAAUUCCAUGAUAGCAGGGUAUGUGGCAAGCGAUAAAGUGUCCGAGGCAUUAUUGCUUUUUGAGGAGAUGCACAGAGAGGGAGUUAUAGCGGAUUCCUCUACAUUAGCUAGUGUAUUGAAUGCAUGUGCUAGUGCACAUUCCCUUAAAAAUUGUUUGCAAAUGCAUGCUUAUGGUUGUAAGCUUGGACUGCUAGAUGACCUUAUCGUUGCUAGUGCUCUAGUUGACACAUAUGCUAAAUGUGGACGUCCUCACGAAGCUGCCAAUGUUUUUAAUGAACUCAAAAUACAUGACACAGUCUUGCUAAAUUCUAUGAUUACCAUUUAUUUUAGUUGCAACAGAAUUGAAUACGCGAGACAAUUAUUUGAGUCAAUGCCCUAUAAGAGCUUAAUAUCUUGGAAUUCCAUGUUAAUUGGUCUUAGUCAAAAUGGUUGUCCAGUUGAAGCACUGGAUCUUUUCUGCAGGAUGAAUAGGUUGGAUUUUAGGAUGGACAAAUUUAGUUUUUCAAGUGUGAUCAGUGCCUGUGCAAGCAUUGCAUCAGUUGAACUUGGUGAACAGAUUUUUGCAAGAGCUGUUAUGAUCGGUAUUGAUUGUGAUCAAAUAAUUUCUACCUCCUUAAUUGAUCUUUACUGCAAGUGUGGUUUUGUUACUGAUGCCAGGAAGCUCUUUAAACAAAUGAUGAAAUCCGACGAGGUUUCUUGGAAUUCUAUGUUGAUGGGUUAUGCUACAAAUGGUUAUGGAAAUGAAGCAUUAAAUCUAUUCCGCGAAAUGAGAAGUGCGGGUGUUUUGCCAACAAAUAUCACAUUUAUUGGAGUCUUGUCUGCCUGUGAUCAUUGUGGUCUACUGGAAGAGGGAAAAAGGUGGUUUUAUUCAAUGAUUUAUGAUUACCACAUUGAUCCAGGGAUUGAACAUUACUCCUGUAUGGUAGAUCUUUAUGCACGAGCAGGAUGUCCUGAAGAAGCAGUAAAGCUAAUUGAAAAGAUGCCAUUUGAGGCAGAUUCAAGCAUGUGGUUAUCCAUUCUGAGAGGAUGUGUAGCUCAUGGUAAUAAGAUACUAGGAGAGCUGGUGGCCAAACGCAUUAUAGAGCUUGAUCCUGAGAAUUCAGGUGCUUUCGUGCAAUUAUCAAACAUAUUUGCUUCAUCUGAGGACUGGGAAAGAUCUGCUUUUGUCCGGAGGCUGAUGAUAGAAAAGAAAAUCUAUAAGAGUUAUGGUCGAAGUUGGAGUGAUAUAUAAGAAGCGCAUAGGUUCAGGGGUCUAGAUAGUUAUUAUAGCAGUUGGAGAACUGCUGUGAGGUUCUUGAAAUCUUGGAAUUGUCUAGAUGCAUAGAUGAGGAGUUCUUAGCUGUUCCCAUCACCAAGGGAGAUAAACAUGAGUUUCAGAAAUUUGCUGGGGGACUCAAUACGACUACAGUUGAGGUAUCCUAGACUGUUUCAGUCAUACACGUGGUUUGGCAGUUCUUAACGGUGUUUUCUCUGAACAUUCUUGGUGUUUCUAUCUGUCGUUCAUUAUUGGCUUUCUUCGCCUCGCUUUUAUUCCUGAUACUGCCCGUGGCAUCCAAGGUGCUCCUUCACAUUUUUUAGGCCAGAAAUUUGCAAAAAGUUUAAAAAAAUAAAAUGAGAAGGGAGAGAAGUCUAUGGUCUCGCAGAACUCAUGGGCCUAUACGACCAGAACGUUAGGAAUUGGCAUAGUGAUCAUGGGGAUGAUAAAAGCCUGGUCUUACCUCGUAUAGUAGCAGCAACUCAAGUAAUUGUUGCUCCUAUUCCCUUCAAAGGAUGCUGAUACUAAAGGGAUCUUUGAUGCUUGUGUUGCCAUGGUUAAAAACUUGAAUGUAUCAGGUAUUCAUGCUGACGCAGAUUUAAGAGACAACUCUUAAACUGGAUGGAAAUAUUCACUGGUAGAAUGAUGGGGGAUUCCUCUUAAGAUGAUUGAACUUGGACAAAACGGCCUUGCAAACUACCAGGUAAGAGCUGUUCGACACUACAAUGCAGCCAAAACAGAUAUUUGUGUGGCUAAUCUAGUCGAAUAAAAUCUAUUUGAUGUUGGAAAACAAAAGCAAGAUUCUUGUCUUCAGGUUGUAAGAACCUGGGAUGAAUUUGUGGAAGCACUGAACCAAAAGAUAUUGGUCUUGGCUCGUUGGUGGUUAUGAGGUGUAUUGGCUUGGAUUAUGUGAUUCUAAGGAACCCAAAUAAUGUAAUCCUGACUGAAUCGUUAGAGUUAGUAAUCUAGAGUGCCGAAUCAAAUCUGGAUUUUCCUUGAGAUUCAUGGUCCCUGUUCAAACUUCAAAAGAUACUACUAGUUUCCUAGCACUUUCAUAAUGUUGCAUACAGAAUAAAUUGAAAAAUACGAGUGCAAAUAUCACGUCUUUUUAUUUGGAUGAAAUGCAAAUAUUAUGAACAUACAAUUUUUGUAUGGCGAAGAUGCGCACGCACACACACACACAAUACAGUAAGACGGACAUAGACGAUUUCUGAGUUAA